AGUUCAGCACCGCCCGAGUCAUUUGAUUCAACUGACGAUGAAAUGGGGAUCAGCCAGUCCGUGGGCUUUCCACCUGUCACAGGACCCCACCUCGUAGGCUGCGGGGAUGUGAUGGAGGGCCACAGCCUCCAGGGGAGUUUCUUUCGACUCUUCUAUCCCUGCCAAGAGGCAGAGGAGACCACGGAACAGCCCCUGUGGAUUCCCCGCUAUGAGUAUUGCACUGGCCUGGCUGAUUACCUGCAGUUUAACAAGCGCUGGGGGGGGUUGCUGUUCAACCUGGCCGUGGGAUCUUGUCGCCUGCCUGUUAGCUGGAAUGGCCCUGUUAAGACAAAGGACUCUGGAUACCCCUUGAUCAUCUUCUCCCAUGGCCUGGGAGGCUUCAGGACAUUGUAUUCAGCCUUCUGCAUGGAGCUGGCCUCCCGUGGCUUUGUGGUUGCUGUGCUAGAGCACAGGGACCAGUCAGCUGCAGCGACCUAUUUCUGCAAGCAAGCCCCAGAGGAGAACCAGCCUAGCAAUGAGUCACUGGAGGAGGAAUGGAUCCCUUUCCAUCGAAUUGGGGAAGGAGAGAAGGAAUUCCAUGUUCGGAAUCCCCAGGUGCAUCAGCGGGCAAGUGAGUGUACCCGGGUGUUGAAGAUCCUGCAAGAGGUCACUGCUGGGCAGAAUGUCCUCAACAUCUUGCCCGGUGGGUUGGAUCUGAUGACCUUGAAGGGGAGCAUCGACAUGAGCCGUGUGGCUGUGAUGGGACAUUCAUUUGGAGGGGCCACAUCUAUUCUGGCAUUGGCCAAGGAGACCCAAUUUCGGUGUGCUGUGGCUCUGGAUGCUUGGAUGUUUCCUCUGGAACGUGACUUUUUCCCCAAGGCCCGAGGUCCUGUGUUCUUUAUCAAUACUGAGAAAUUCCAGACGGUGGAGAGUGUCAAUUUGAUGAAGAAGAUAUGUGCCCAGCAUGAACAAUCCAGGAUCAUAACAGUCCUUGGUUCUGUUCAUCGCAGUCAAACUGACUUUGCUUUUGUGACUGGCAACUUGAUUGGUAAAUUCUUCUCCUCUCACGCCCGUGGGAGCCUGGACCCCUAUGAAGGUCAGGAGCUUAUGGUGCGGGCCAUGUUGGCCUUCCUGCAGAAGCACCUUGACCUGAAAGAGGACUAUGAUCAAUGGAACAGCUUCAUUGAAGGCAUUGGACCAUCACUCACCCCAGGGGCCCCACACCAUCUGUCCAGCCUGUAGGCACAAGUGGCAAUUUGUAAAGGUCACUUAAGCUGAAUUUCCAUUUGGGGGCUGCCCAGGGGCCCCCAUAACCUCCAGGAAGUGGUCAACAUGACUCUUUUUCAUAGAUUCAGAGGAUGUAAUCACACUGCUGAUUGGAUAGCUGGGUACUUUGAUCUUGCACUUGUUGAUUUUAAACUCACGUUGGAACUUGGAUCACUUACUGAUUGGCAAACCGACUCUCUGGGACCUGAUCCCUGAUGGUGUGGGGAACAAACAGUGGGGUGGGGCUGGGGGAGAGCCAGGCCCUAAGCUGAGCACUGUAGGCCCAGACAUGAAGACUCAGCCCAGCGAGUCUACUUCCUCGCCUUGGGCCAGUGUUGUUUCUGCAGUAGAAGAGGUAAAGCCAAAGGAUGGAGUGAAAAUCCUGACUUCAGGGCCUCGAGCCCAACCUGAGUCUAUGUCUUCCUGCCUCUCAACCUUCUUCUUCUCCAGGGCAACUUGGUGGAGUGUGAGCACUUUAGGCAACUUUCAAGGAUAUGUAUCAUCAACAGAU